UCAUUCCCGCGUAAACAUGAGUAACAGUGACACGGAGCUGAAGGAAGUUGUUCUCCGCGAUAUCGAGUCCGUCUUGCGCGAGAAACUCGACAAUCAAAUAAUUGUGGAGAAUUACACCACCAAGCCGUUGCUACCGCCUGGAGAGAAUUAUGGGAGUUCCAUCUUCAGCGUCCACGUCGAGCUGACCAACAAAAAAACCGGGAAGAAUGAGGAACUUCACCUGAUCGCCAAGAUGGUACCACCUACAGAGUUCCAGAAACGUCUGUUCAACAGCUCCCGUACUUUCAUAAAGGAGAUCUUCAUGUACGACAACAUUGUACCAACGUAUAAUAAACUGGAACUCGAGUGUGGAUUCAGGGAGAGCGAAUUGUUCGACAUCUUGCCCAAAUUCUAUGGCUCCAGGCUGUCUUCGCGACCUGACGCUGACUUUGACGAUGACGCUGUUAUUCUGAUGGAAAAUUUAAAGAUCAAGGGUUAUUACACUGGCGAAAGGACUAAAGGUUACGAUCUGGAGCACGCGACAGCGACAGUGAAAACUCUAGCGAGAUUCCACGCCUUAGGAAUCGCCACCAAGCAAAAGAAGCCGGGUAUGUUCGAGGUGUUCAAGAUGUACGCUAAAUGCUUACCAGGAGAGGACGUCGGUGGAAGCGCCUUCAAGUCCAUUCUGAUCAAAAUCAAAAACGAUCCUGAAAUGAGCCCGUACUUCGAGAGAUGCUUUAAGAUCCUGUCGGAAGUGACCGCCGACAACAUCUGGACAGACUCUUACCAAGAACCGUGGACGAGCAUCAUCCAUUCCGACUUCUGGGUGAACAACGUUAUGUUCCAUCGCAAUAACAAGGGUGUACUCGACAGCGUGAAAUUCGUCGAUUUCCAGAUGUACUUAUACGCCAGUCCACUGCGCGAUUUGAUAUUUUUCCUAUACUCGAGCGUGGACCUGGAAGUGACCGACGAGCAGAUAGACGAUCUGAUGGAUCUGUAUUACGAUUCGUUCGUGAACACGUUGAGCAAAAUGGGAUGCAACACGGACGCCUUCACGAAAGAGGAAUUCAAGAAGAAGAUCGACAAUGACGCGGAGCGUGAGUUCAUCCAUGCAUGCUUCAUGGUCAAGUUACUCACUCUCAGCACGAAAGACAUUGACGAUUUUAAUUACGACAAGAUGCAGAAUGCCAUUGUCGAGUACGACGGAAGCGAGUUGUUCGUUGAACGACUACGCAGAGUGGUGUUAUCCUUUGCUAAACGUAAUUGGAUUUAAAUAAAUCGAUAGAACAAUUAUAAGUAC